AUGGCUUUUCCGUUACUAAGCUUCUCGGGCAUAACUAAGCCUGGAAGCCACCUUACUGAUCACGAGGCCAUUGCGGACACUAUCCAUCGCCUUACUGAAUCAGUCGACUCCGAGGAUGCUGCAAUGUUUAAGAGCUGUGUCUAUGAAGACACAGAAUGGGAUGUUAGUGGUUUGACGUUUUUGGGAAAGGACUACGGGGUCCUCCGGGGGAUGAAAGAGAUGCUGAAUUGGCAGAUGACGGGUCCAGCGCCUGUGCUUUCCACCCAUAUGGUUAACAAUGUCCGAUCUCAUAUGGAGACCUUAGAAGAUGGCACUAAAACCGCUACUGCUACGGCAUAUGUACUGGCUCAACAUUUACCUCAAGGCACUCCCCACAGCAAGAUCUCAUCUUGGGACAACGAUUUGUUUCUUGCUGCAAAUCGGUUCACAGGCGAGUUGAAAUGGGACGGGGAGAGAUGGCGAUUUACCCGAUUUGCGCUGAGGACUAUCUGGACCGUCGGAGACAAUCGUUUCGUCAUUCGGAACAGGCCGGAAUAA